AUGGCUUCAGCAACAAAAUACCAAACUGCAACUAGCUCGGCCUCAAUACCGCCCGCUCUCGACCCUGCUUCUCAACCAUCAGCUCAGUCCUCAGAUCUGAGGCUUGUGCCUGCCACGCCUCUCGAAUAUGUCCAGACUGCAUACCUAAACUCCGAAGAAUGGCAAGGACCGCUUACCAUGGAGCAAUACCUAGAACGCGAAGUCGUCCUUCAAGCAGUCGAAUUGACAAGAGACGGUCGUAUAACAGGGUGGAUUUUGACGUCUGACUCUCUACCCCCGAACCCCGAUGGUUCGCGACCUAUACUUGCAUGUUGUGAGAGUCUUCUAGUUGAAGCAUACGUGGCCAAGGAUGGCAUGGUGCGGCAAACCCAGGCACAUGGCAUCGCCUCGGUUUAUACUCGUCCAGAGUAUCGCGGAAAAGGAUAUGCUGGCAGAAUGAUGGCAGAGCUGGGGAAAACUUUGGAGUCCUGGCAGGCAGCAACUGGUGCCAGGAAUCCCUUCUCGGUUCUAUACUCUGAUAUCGGCCAGAAGUUCUACGCCAGAUUCGGCUGGAAGGUAUUCCCCAGUAACCACAUCCAUCUCACUACGAUAGACCAAACCGCGUACAAUGCAGCCGCUUCCGGGUUGCCCUCUGUCAAGGAUUUAACGACGGAAGAUUUGAAGCGUAUUCCCAUUGUUGAAUACCUUGAGCAUCGCUUACAUAUUAUAUCCAAGACGACACCUAGCAUCAAUCAUGUUGCCAUCCGCCCUGAUAUUGAACAUUUUGAAUGGCACUUUGCCCGAGAGGAGUUCCACACAAAGGUCUUGAAUAAGGGUUUCCCCAACAUCAAGGGUGCAAUCCAUCAAGACACCGGGCUAGCUCUGAUUUGGUGCCGCGUUUACGCCGCCAAGGAGUCAGAGUGGCAACUACAUAUCCUCCAUACUGUUAUCCCACCCUCGCUGGAGAAUUCAGAAGAUGCACAACCUGCAAUGUCCGCGCUGCUCUUGAGAGCACAGCUAGAAGCACAGCGAUGGGAGAUGGCUGCCGGUUUGGAGGUCUGGGAUCCCUUGGAAAUGGUGGUUGCUGCUUCUCAGAGGCUGAGGACAGAAGAGCAGGGUAGGGUGGAGAUCAUUACCCGCGAUACCGAGCAUUUGUGCAGUCUUAGAUGGGCUGAGGGAUCGGAUGAUGAAGUCUUUUGGCUCGCCAAGGAGAAAUACGCCUGGUGCUGA